AUGUGCAUUGACUUCAUUGAUCUGAAGAAAGCAUGCUCGAAUGAUUCAUAUUCACUGCCCAACAUCGACUGGCUUGUAGAUGGGGCCUCCGAUUAUAAAUACUUGAGCUUCAUGGAUACCUAUUUUAGAUACGAUCAGAUCCGAAUGCACCCUGACGAUGAGGAGAAGACGAAGUUCAUCAUGGAGAAUGCUAAUUUCUGUUAUCGGAUUGGCCAGAACAUUGAAGUCUAUGUAGAUGACAUGAUGGCCAAGACAUCGAAAAAUGAUGAUUACUACUUGGACUUGGUCGAGAUUUUUGCCAACUCUGACAACGCAACGUGA